AUGGUGGGCUUGCUAAAGAAGACUACUGGUCUUGUGGUGUUGGUGGUAUGUGAAAGUCUGCACGAGAGGCUAAGAAUAUUGUACACAAAAAUUCUUGAUGUUCUUGAGCAAAUCCCUAAAAAUGCAGCAUUUAGAAAGUACACAGAACAUAUUACAAAUGAGAAUCUGGAUAUGGUUAAAGCAGAACCAGAUGUUAAAAAAUUAGAAGACCAACUUCAGGGUGGCCAAAUAGAAGAGGUGAUUCUUCAGGCUGAAAAUGAAUUAAGUCUGGCCAGAAAAAUGAUGUGAUGGAAACCAGGGAGCCAUUAGUGGAAGAGGCUCCUGCCAACCAAUGGAAAUGGCCAACAUAAAUCAUCAUCAAAUGACUUGUGAGUUGAAGGGAAACUGAUGUAAUUAAAUGUUCUGUUAUAUUAAAAAUAUGCCCAUAUUAUUGACAUCUAAUAAUCAAGAAAACUGAUGCAGAAUAUAUUUAGGAGACUUGUUAAAACUGAUGAUGAUGAUGAUAGGGACUUAUGGGUUAGUUUUUGUUAAAGCAUCCAUUAAAAUUAUUUGAAAGAUUGAUAUUUUAUAAAACAGAGUUUCUAUAAGGUUUGAAAAUUAAUUGGAAAAAUUUCUAUGUUUCAAAGCACAGGCCAUAUAUUUGAUAGGUGAAAUAUUUUUGGUAGUAUCUCUGACACAUUUGAUUUUUUUAUUUAUUCUGACAAAACCAGGAAGAAAUUUAUUAUUGCUUAAACAAAUGUAUAGGUCACUGUUUGAAGUGAAGUAAGAGAAAAACCAUUAAAUUGCAAUUCAUUGUACAGUUGAGGAAAUUGAUUUUGUAUUUGAAAGAAAGAUUUCUUAUUUACAGUGGUAGUUGGAAAACUUAAACUUUUGUUGCACUUAAGGAAGUUAACUUUCUGGCCCUUAAUCAAACUACACCAGGAGAGAGAGUUUCUGUAAAA